CUUUUCCAAUUCCAGCUGUCAUUUCAUUCACAGUUAUGUUUGCUUAUAAGAUUGCGGCCGCGGCCUGAUUUGAGUCGCAAACCGUCGACAUUUGCCACAAUUUAUUCGGGAAUUUUAAGCAUUAGGAGAUAAUUUGGAUACAACUGUUGAUUUGUCGACAUUAUUUAUACCACGCUCACUUCAUGACUCGGGGUAUGGUAUGGUACAGCGUCUACUGCUGAAUACAAUUUUGUCUGCAAAAACGAGGUUCCUAAAGCUAAAGCUGAACGAUAUCGGUCUAGGGUAGACUUCCGGGCAGUUAAGUUACGACAAGAAUUUUCUGGAAUUCAACCUGUUAACUUUCAACUAUGUGCCUUUGUGGAUUUCAAACCAUUUGAAUAUAAUUCGAGAUCUCUGGGAGAGAAUUAAACAUGGCAUCUGUGAGCGUGAAUCGUAAGCAGAGGCUGUCGAAUCGAGCUUACCGGGAUAUCUAUGCAAUUCCUGUUUUCAUCAUGUUCGUGUGGACCACCUGUGUCUGUUUAUGCGUGGUGGGGCAGUUUCCAGUCGAUUCUACCCGCCUUACUCCCGCGUCGGGAACCGCUAAGAAAGGGGGUGGAGGCACUUCUGCUCCACUGACGGAUAGAUCUUUUGAAUACCCAGAAUGUAGCACAAAAGAUGUUGCAUGCAUUGAUGAUCAUCGGGAGAAAGACAGACUCGGCAAGGAGGGCAUAAUGUUGCUUCACAGACAGAUGGAUGACGACCAUGAUGGUGAUGUCGAACCAUCAGAAAGUGACGAGUUUUUGAGAGAUGAGCUGAAAUAUGAGGAUGACUUUGAGAGGCAUUCCCAGCUGCAUAGAAACGAUAAGGAGAUCAGUGCAGAAGAAUUAUGGAAAGGCUGGAAGUAUUCAGAAGUUUAUAACUGGACUGUAGACAAAACAGUCAAGUGGUUAGAAGAUUCAGUAGACCUACCCCAGUAUGCAGAACGCUUCCAGAACAAUGGAAUAGAAGGAUCAGCGUUACCAAGGUUAGCCGCCAAUUCCCAUCAAUUCAUGUCCACCAUUUUGGGGAUCACUGAUCCCCUCCACCGCCAGAAGAUAUCCGUCAAAGCCAUGGACGUUGUCCUGUUCGGUCCGCCAAAAGCAAUGCAUAACUACCUCAAGGACUGGUUACUGGUCAUCUCUCUGGUGGUAGCUCUGGGAGGAUGCUGGUUUGCGUUCAUCCAGCACCGUUUCUCCCAGAGCCAUGUCAAGCAGCUUCUAAGGGAGAUGGAGAGUCUGUCCAGUGCUGAGGACUCACUCAAGGAACUACAGGAAAAAUUGAAUGUCGCCCAAGAGGAUCACAAGUCUGCUGUGAGGGAGAAGCAGUCGAUUGAGAAGCAAUUAACGGAUGAGAUAGAAACGGCAAAGCAUGAGGCAAGAAGACUAGAGAGAGAAAGGAUUGGAGAUGACACGGAUGGAAAUUCAGAUUUAGCCACACAACUCAGUCUCGCUGAAGAAGAAUUGGUGCAGGUAAGAAGUGCUUUGGACGAGGCAGAGCGGAGGCUAAGCGAAGAGAUUAAUUGGUCAGCCCCCAUGACCCUUCAGCAAUGGCUACAGCUCACGUACGAGAUCGAGUACCGCUACUACGUCUCCAAACGCGUCGCCGCGGCCAAACAGCUCCAGGUGGCCAAGGAAGAGUGUGAGAAGUUAAGGAGGAAAAGGGCCUCGCUGAUUGGUUCCUUCAGGAUAGCUCACGGGACGUCGUUGGACGCGGUCGAUCAGAGGAUAGUCUCUGCAAGGACGGCUCUCCAUGAGGUGACGGCGGAACUCAAGGAGAGGACCCAUCGCUGGAAUCAGAUCGAGUCGGUUUGCCAAUUUGCCAUCAUGAACAACCCCGGAUUCCAGAUACUCAUGGCCUCUAUGGGAGGCAUCCCCAAUGGGGCUGACCUUCCAGGAGGGCAGAGUCCUGAAUUAGACGGCCCUCCACAAAUUCCUGGUUCCCUAUCCAGUGCUGGAUCUGUGAUUGGCAGCAUGGCUCAUGUGGCAGAGAACAAUCCUCCAAUGGGUCUAGAUGAAGUUGAAGAGAACAUGCCACCAAUGCCACAACAGCAGCCAUCAUAUGGGGCCAUGAAACAAGCCUUGCCUAUGCCACGCAACACCAGCCAAGAGUUCCGCCGCAUGGCUCACCAGCAGCGCUCCGGGAGUCAGCAGAGUCUAGGGUCCAUGUCGGGCUCACAGGUGAUUCACCGGACGCACUACCAGCAGCCUCCGCAGCACCAGCAAGCACAGAUAGUGCAGCAGCAGCAGCAGUUUGGAGCUGGUAGCAGCGCUGCCUCAGUAGCAGGUAGCAGCUCUGCGUCGGGAAUGGGACCGAGUGUCAACGGGAACGGCAGUGCAUCUGGCAGCAAUGGAUCCAAGUACAUCUUAGGAGGAGACAGCAGCUUUGAAAGGAUGUCAUCCCACGAGUCCUCCGGUUCGUUGCCUAGCAACGCAUCAUUUGGCAGCCAGCAUUCCAGCCAGCAGGGAGCGACGUCAUCACAUUCUCCAUCAUCAUCCUUUCCAACAUCCCCGUCACAAGGCAUGGUCACCUCUCCUCACCCUAUCACCACCACCACCACUACCUCUACUAACCCUAACACCAUCGCUGCUUCUGCCUCUAAACCUCUCAUCUCCUCACACCAUCAACCUCCUCCAUCUCUCUCUCAUGGCAUGCCUCCUCAUCGAUCAAACAGGUCAUUCUCGCACCCCUACCGCUCCUCCACGCACCCCUUGAUGCUCCUCCAGAGAAAGUCCUUCGAUUCCUCCUACCCUCUACCCUCAGCCCCACUCUCCUCCGCCAAUGCUAAUCAGCGUGUCUUGCAUGCCUCUCGUUCCGAUACCACCCUCUCCACCCUGGGGUCCCACCAGUCGCUGGUUGCGGAGGCAGGGGCUGUGGAUAUAAAACCCGCUUCCCGUGUUGUCAACUGGAAAGAUAUUACAAAGAAAAGGAGAGAACAGCUGAAAAAGAUGGGAUCGUUGUCAUCAAAAGACGAGGAUAAUGUUUCGUCCAACGAGGGCGAUCUAGCAGAGAGGUCGAAAAAGAAGUCUCGGUUACGCCUCAUACGAAAGGGCAAUAAACCAGACAAGGUUAAAACUAGUUGAUGGCUGUCCAGCACGAUAUCAAACCCAUGGGACUAUGAUGUACAUGUAUGUGUUCGACACAAUUUUCAAUACAUGGGACAGUGUUGCUUGAUCUGCAUCCAUGGAUGCUUACUGGGAAUAAACAAUGACCGCCUGAUCUCCAGUGGUUGAAAGCUGGUGUUGGAUGCCAAUGUAGAUUUGAAUGCGAGGGACUACAUGUAAAAAAUAUCAUUCUUGGCCUUGUUUGCGCAAGACGUGCGUCUUAGAUGGUAGUAAAGCCUAGCCUCCAGCCUGGACGUUUAACACUCAACAUUACUAUCAACGACCGGAAGGAGCCAAUAGAGCAAGAGACCCAAUCGCAUCGGAAUGUAUAAGAGGUCCUGUACCUGAAAUAGGAAUUGUAGGCCUCUUCAGAUCAAAUGGACCAAAAAGAAUUGUUAAUGACUUAACUAGAUACAUGUAUUAAGUAAGUUUCUAUAAAAUAGACUCGUGUGUGCGUCAUGAAUAAAAAUGCUAUUGACAUUUAAAUAAAAAAGGCAUUAGCAUCUGACCUA